AUGCCUUCGAAACGAAAUAUUAGGAUCGGAAAUGUCUCCGGAGCGACUGGCGACCACUGGGAAGCCAUGUCCCGCAUGGUCGAAAAUGGAAAUGUUGAUAUCGUCACCGGUGACUGGCUCAGCGAAAUGAACAUAGCAUGGAACGCCAUCACCAAAGCUUCAGAUCCAACCCUAGGCUACGAAAUUGGGUUUCUGGACCAAUUGUUUCAAUGCAUAGAUUCCAUCGUCGCGAAAGGCCUGAAAGUUAUCACCAAUGCCGGAGCGCUCAACGUUGAAGCAUUGGCAUCCAAAGUUGAAGGGCUGUGCCGUGAAAGAGGACAUGGUCAAGUGGUGGUAGCGCACGUUUUGGGUGAUGAUAUUACGGAGUUGUUGAAAGACAAGGAGAAAAGAAGGAAGCUGGAUUUGCGGCACCUCGAUCACGAGGCACAGAGCUUCGAAGACUGGGAUUUGAAGGACGACAUUCAGAGUGCUGUUGCAUAUAUUGGUGCUUGGGGAAUCGUAGAAGCUCUAGAUACCGGUGCAGAUAUUGUGAUUUGUGGCCGAGUCACAGAUGCAAGUCCUGUGAUUGCAGCCGCUGCUUGGUGGUAUGAUUGGAAACGAGGUUCCUUCGACCAACUAGCUGGAGCGCUCGUAGCUGGACUGGAUCUGAUCGAGUGCGGACCAUAUGCUACAGGAGCAAACUUCUCCGGAUUUAAAGAAUUUCUUCCCGAACUCGUGGACCUUGGUUUUGGUAUAGCCGAAAUUCAACCAGAUGGCAACUUCUUCAUGACCAAGCCAGAAGUCAGUAAUGGUGUCGUGAACAGGUUCAAUAUCACUGGUCAAUUGCUGUACGAACUCCAAGGAGAAUUGUACCUUAAUCCCGACGUCACGGCGGACCUGUCGGAAGUGAAAAUCGAAGACACCGCAACAAAUGCUGUAUACAUCUCUGGGAUGAGAGGGCUUCCACCUCCAAACACUACGAAAGCAAUGAUAGCCGCAACCGGAGGAUAUCAGGCUGAAACGACAUUCUAUAUUAACGGACUUGAUGUUGCUGAGAAAGCUGAGAUGAUCAAGAACCAACUUGGACAUAUGUUCAAAGACUGUAACUUCAGCAAGCUUUCGAUAGAGCUAUACGGAACACAAGCAGUGAAUCCAUCAUCUCAGCAAGCUGGCACUGUGUUCUUGCGUAUCUUCGCCCAAGCUCGUACAAAGGAAGACAUUGCGGCGUCCAAAUUUCGAAAGCGAGUUUACGCAUUGCGGAUGCAAAGCUAUCCAGGCUACCAUAUGAACCUAGACUUUCGAACGAUGGAACCGAAACCUUUCAUGGAAAUAUUCCCAGUGACAAUUCCUUCCUCGCCUCUGGAUCAUAGAGCUGUCGUACGAUCGAAGAUCAUCCGUGUUCCUCAAGUUUCCGAUACUGCCUCAUAUCCAGUUCUUCGUCCGUCGUAUGAAACCAAGAACCUGCAAGAUGUUUCAUCUUUUGGGCCUACGGUCUCUGCACCUCUGGGAAGCAUCGUUCAUGCUCGGUCUGGUGACAAAGCUAACAAUUCCAAUGUCGGAUUCUUUGUUCGCCACGAGGAUGAGUACUCCUGGCUGCAAAAUCUCCUAUCCGUUGACAAAUUGAAGUCGCUUUUCGGCGACGAUUGGGAGGGGGGCGAUACUUCGAGAAGGGUCGAACGUUGCGAGUUUCCUAAUCUGUUGGCCGUUCACUUUCGCAUACUUGAUUUCUUGGAUGGAGGGAUUGCAAGCAGCUCUCGAGUAGACGGCCUAGGAAAGGGCAUUGGGGAGUUUCUCCGAAGCAGAUUUGUCGACAUCCCAGUAAAAUUCCUUGAACGUGGAAGAAUAUAGAUAGAUUUCAGCCAUUAUGAAAACCCAGGCAAGAGGAAAAUGUAAGUGAUAUGGUGUCGGAAUAGAUGGGCGUCAAGACUGGCUAGAAUACAUGGAGUUCAGGUAUCAUUUGACCAUUGGUAGUUGCCACUGAAAUCAUCGAGAUACCCGAGCCAGUCGUGAGAUAGUUGCAUGACAGGAUCAUCAAUGAAGGACUGAUCAUAAAGAUUCUGUAGGUCAUCGUAGCAGCUACGAAAUGCUGAAUCAACUGCUAACGGGGAUGUGCUGGUGUAGCAUGCGUCGUUCAUUGGGACUGUUGCAGAAGAGUUGG